CGCAGCCUGCGGCGCGGCUGUCCGUGCCCUGCGCUCCACCCGCACGGACGCCGCUGCGCACCCGGCUCUCUCAGCGCCCCAGACCCGGAAGGUUCUGGGGCCUUGGCACCCCCUGGGGGAAAAGGCACGGGACACGGAGGAGGCUGUGGGUGUCUGCUCUUGAUCGCAGUGGCUGGGGAACAGGUGGGAGCUCCUGAGAAAGUCGCCCAGCAGCAGCUAGUGCAGGGCAGUGUGCCCAGGAAGGUCCCUCUGCCGCCGUGGAAACUCGAAGUCCGGGAUGGCCCUGUCCAACACCACAGCGGUGACACCCUUCCUGACCAAGCUGUGGCAGGAGACAGCUCAGCACGGCAACGUGUCGGGCCUGGCCCGCCGGGUCCUCGGGGACGGUCACGGCGGGAUGGAGGCCCUCUACGUCCUCAUGGUGCUUGGCUUCUUUGGUUUCUUCACCCUGGGCAUCAUGCUCAGCUACAUCCGCUCCAAGAAGCUGGAGCACUCGCACGACCCCUUCAACGUGUACAUCGAGUCCGACGCCUGGCAGCAGAAAGACAAGGCGUACUUCCAGGCCCGGGUCCUGGAGAGCUGCAAGGCCUGCUACGUCAUUGAGAACCAGCUGGCCGUGGAACGGCCCAACACGGGCCUUCCCGAGGGGAAGCCCGCAUCCUGACCCUGGCCGGUGAACACAGGGCCAAGUCUGUGGGAAGUCUGAUUGUCCCAAGCCUCUGCCCUCUUAUACUCUUUAUUGCAAGGACACACUUUUUUGCUCUGUAAUGGUGAGGGGUGUAUUAGGAGCACUAUUUCUCUACGAUCACAUUCCUUCUGUCCUAGACCAUCAGCUGUUCCCCAGGGACUGUUCCCUGAGAGGGUGGCCUCGGAGAAUGGGAGCUGUGGUUCCCAGACUCCCUUGCAGCUAGCAGGUCAUGCGAUGAAGUUUUGGCCAGUGGAGGUGGGAGUGAUUUUUGGAAAGUGAAGGACAUUUCCUCUAUUUCCCUUUCCCAUGCCCCAGUGGCUGGGACAUCGGUGAGUGGUGGACCAGCUUUGGCUUUGGAAAUGGACAGUGUGUCACAGAUGACAGAGUCUGGGGCCCCAGGCAAUGCCAUGAGGCAGGGUCCCCCAGCCCUCCUGGACACCCACCAGCUCAGGCUUCAUAGGAAAAAGAAACUAACUCCAAUCUCCCUUAAGCCACCGUUAUUUUGGUUUAUGUUACAGCAGCAGAAUCUGUAUUGUAACAAAUACACCUACCUUAUAAGACUAAGAUGCAGGAGGAAAAAAAAUGUCUGCUUCCAAAUGUACAGCAAGCAGAAGGUACUCAGUUAUCACGGCAGGAGGGAAGGGUGCCCCCCAUGGGGCCCAGGGGAAGGGGUGGGCGUGGGCACGGGGCAACUCUGAGCACUGAGGUGGCGGGGCCUUUUGAGCUUCUGUGCCCAUUGUGGUGGCACCGUGUCCUCACAAAAUAUUUGUUCAAGUCCCUGGUCCCUACGAAUGUGACCCUAUGUGAAAACAGGGUCUUUGCAGAUGCCAUCAGGGAAGGUGAGGUCCUUGGGGUCGGCACUAAUGAAAUAUGAGGGAUGUCCUUCAAAGGAGAGGGAGACCCGGAUGCGGACACAUGGGACGAGCCCCUGUGACGACAGAGGCAGAGACUGGAGUGGCACAGCCACAAGCCGGAGGCAGUGUCCCCUGCAGGCGACAGAGGAAGCACAGCCCGUGACCCUGGCUUCGGACUCCUGGCCCUCAGACUGUGCAACAAUGAGUUUCUCUGGUUCGAGGCCACGUAGUUUGGGACUCUCAGUCACGGCAGCCCCGGGACACUCACACAGUGGCCCACCUCCACCUCCCGCCCCCGAGACGGCUGUCCUCUCUGCCAUCCUUAUUUACACAAAACAGAAGAUGCUCUCAAAGAUGGAGGUGGGAAGGGAAGGGACUGGGGUGGAGGUAGAUGGGACCAGGAGGGGGUUCAGGGCUGCAGAAUAAGCCUGGUUCCCGUGGCCCGACUGGAGAGAGUCGCGGAGCAGGUGCGCCGUGGGCAGCACAAGCACUCCGCCACACCCGCACACUCGUCCGUAGAGGGUGGGGCGCUUUAAUCAACCGUGGCUGUCCACACCUUCCCCUAGCGUUGAAGGCUGACCUCAAGGGCACACGCCCGUCCCCGUCCGCCCCCAGGCCUGGGGUCCUGCACAGACAGCGACUCCGCUGGGGGAGUCGGAGGCCCUUGGCGGGGACGUCUCGGGCAGAGCCUGGGUGACUGAGUCCUUGAGGUAGGCCCUUGGGGUCACAGAGCCCCUCGAAAAUCUCACGAAAGCUAAUGAUCCCUCCACACCCCCCAAGUACUCAUGUACAACAUGCUUCCCACCGUCUUGGGGGGUCACGGGCCCCCAAAAGCACCUUUGGCUGCUCGCAUGUCAUAGCCCCAGUGGGGUUCCCUGCUCCACUCAGUUACAUCUCGCCGUGGUGAAGAAAGGCAGGCGGGGAACGCGGGUGGAGGGGGACCCAGAGUGACCGCGGCCGAGUCACAGCGUCACACUGACUAUGAUGUUCCAGGCACAGAACUGGCUCCUUACAACCAGCUCCUGUCCCCCAGCGCCACCCGAGACUCCUCCCUGUCCCCGAGGGACCAGCUAGCUGUUUGGCACACUGCCCGGGGCCCCCAAACCCUUCCCAAGCCCCGGAUUUCCAAUCCUCCUUACUGUACUUUAAAAUCUGGUUCGGCGGACGUAGAUGUCUUGCUGCAGCCGGAGGCCGUACCGAGCCCUCUGAAAACAGAAUCUCAGCAACUGCUUCAUGUGCGGUGCUUUCUGUGUGCACUGGGUGGGGCGACGUGCCUUUUGAGGAAUCAAUAAGAUCUUUUAAAAAAAUUAAAUUCUUUUAUCCUGCUCUGUGGUGUGUGUUCUCUGACCAUCACUGUGGCCCUUUUACAAAGUGGUUGUGGGUUCUCGGGGGCUCUGAGGGGACCACCCUGGGGGCUCAGGAACGAGGAUGUCAGGUUGUCAGCGGGCAGGUAAUCUCUGCAGCGACUCACCGGUGCCCAAGGACAGGAACUGGGGAGCCAGGCAGAGCCAGGGCAGACUGCGGAGCGCCCCCCACCCUCCCCAUCCCCCGAAAACAUGGCUGAGUGUGUUUUCUGCCAGCCGGAAAUGUGCUCCGUCUGAAUGAACUUGUGGGUUAUUUAAAAAAUAUAUACUGGAGCCCUGGCUGGUGUAGCUCAGUGGAUUGAGCGCGGGCCUGCGAACCACACGAUCGCGGUUCGAUUCCCAGUCAGGGCACAUGCCUGGGUUGCAGGCCGGUUCCCUGCAGGCCAGUUCCCAGCAGGGGACACACAAAAGGCAACCAUACAUUGAUGUUUCUCUCCCUCUCUCCUUCCCCCCC